AGAGCUGAUCCAUUCCAUUUAAUGGAUGGUACUCGAAGGCUAAAAGUUUCCAAAUUGGAAGCAGUAGCUCUUGACAUGUUGAAGGAACUUUUUGGGAACCGUAGUUUUGAAAACUACUUGGUGGAUAUUGUUGUGGAUAGUUUGAUGAAGGAGCCGAAGUUCUCAGAGGAGAACAAGAGCAGUAAAUUGUCAUCUGUAGAUAAACGAUUAAAGGUUUAUAAUGAAGGGGCUGCUUAUUUGAUUCGUCUGAUCUCAUCGGCAACACAAACUUUUUUGAGAAGCAUUGACCUUGCCUUGUGCAACUUCAAUACUGACAGGAACCGAGAUGGAGCUCUUAUAUAUUCAGUAACAGUUAUCGUCAAAGAAUUCGUUUCUUCAAAUAAUAUUGAUACCAAUCGUUUUGAAAUGGUGGUACGCCGUGUCUCAUCUCUGUUAAGUGUUUUUGCGUCCAGGAUAUCCACACCUUUUCACAUUGCAAAUAAUGCUUUCUUCGCCUCAUCACUGUGUGAGAUUCUAUACGAAUUCGAGUCUUACUGCUCUGCUAAUCUAGGAGCGUUACAGUGCUUUGAAGAGCUGCGUUCCUCUACUGACGAAUUCUACAGCGUUGUCGUCAAGCAGCUGAACGAGGCUAGAGUUUGCACUUUUUAUUACUUGGGAUUUCAAUAG